AUGGUAUUUCUUUUGAACAUAAUACUACUUGUAAGCCUUUUAUCGAUGUCUUACGCACAAAUUAACCACAAUGAAGAGUCUAAUGGUGUUAAAUAUUUCAGACAUAAUCAAAAUAUAGGUUUUUAUUCUUUUGAACCAAGAAAAAUAUUGUUUCCAAUUACAGGUUUACCAAAAUUUAGGAAAAUUAUAUAUUCUUCAGCACACCUAAGACUAGGGAAUUAUGCAAACGAGUACGCUACAAACUCAAAUGAUGGAUAUCGUUCAAAUUCAUUUAUGGAAAGUAACUUUGGGACACCUAGAUCUGAAGACACAUCGUCAACUAAAAACAUAAAUAAAGAUAGCGUUACUCCUGCUUCUCAUGCUAAAACUACAGUCGAUGCAGUUCAGGAUAAUCAAACUUCAGUGAGCUCUCAAGAUAACUCGGAAGGUGCAAAAAUUACUGAAGAAGUAACUGAAAUAAGUGAAGAUUUUACUACACCAACUGUAGAAACUACUACCGUUGAGGAUUAUGAUGAACUCCAACGAAUGGCUGUUCCACCUCAAGUGGUAGCAUCACUUCUGGGU